UGGUGCUAGUAAACCCUUGUCCUCCCUAUCCAUUAUAUGAAUAAUAUUAUUCCUACUAAUUAAAUAUUUAUAAAAUAGAAAUAAAAGUAUCUAAAAUGAUGGUAUAAGUAAUAAAAAGAAUAAUUACCUAAUCACUUUUAAUUUAAUCCUCCAAUGUGCUAAAACACAAAUAUUCAAAUUGGGAAUUGAAGAAUAUAAGAAAAAUCACAUGGAGCAUGGUCAACUUUCACAUGGCUAUGUUUGGAGGAGAGGAACUGUAAUGACCAAAAAGCACAAAAUAGACAAUGGUAUUCCUAAACUCAUGAGCCAAUUCCUUGAGGUCAUAAUGGUAAAUUGCAUGCCAGAAACUUCAUCACCCUUGCGAGGACACAGAUUUCAGCAUCUCCCUGCUGCCAUUCUUGCUCUAGUUUCUCCUCUCUCACUUGAAGAUCGUGAAGUCCUUGCUUACAUGAUCACAAGAUCAAACCCUUCUUUGUCCUGUUGGCUUUUCAACAAGCCAUCCAAAAACCAACCAGCUACAAAAUGCAUCAAACAUGAUGAGAAGAACACUGCUCCUAGAUUUAGCUGUGACUGCUUCCAUUGCUAUACAAGCUACUGGUUCAAGUGGGACUCCUCUCCUAACCGCGAGCUCAUUCACCAAUUUAUUGAAGUUGUUGAAGCAGAUCCCAAUCUUUUCUCAUCAAUGGCUGCCAAUAAUCGCAAAAUUCAACAAGCACUCGUUUGUUUUCCUUGCUGUUUUUCAUAAUCAUCGACGUCUCACCACGGCAAUCUUAAGGGUUAGGAGGCCAUGAAGCUGCUUCUAGGGUUACUCAAUUUGUUCUUUUUUUUUUUUCUUUUCUUUUCUCUUAUUGGAACUGAUAUUCAGUUCUUGUUCGUUUAUGGAUUCUUUGAGAUCCGAUUUGUAGUGCCCAUAAAAAAAAAAAUAAAUGAAUAAAUAUGUCACGAUC